AUGGCGGUGGACCGCGCGGCUCUGGUGCGCGGCUUCUCCCCCUCUCUCAGUGCGGCCCCGGACAGCCCGGGGGGGGGGGGCACCGGGGGACCACCAGCGGCAGCACCGGGACCCGGUUACCCCAGAGGUCCACCACAAGUCCACCGCAAAUCUAGCCCAACCUUGGAGUUCAGGGACCUCAGUUCUGGACCAUGCAUUCAACCAGCAGGAAGAACGCCAGCCCACAACUCAGCAGCUGUGAGGAAAGCUACACCCCAGAAACCACAAGUACCUCCUAAGCCCCUCCACCUUCAGAGCCUGUGCCAAGAGGGAGUGUUCCAGCUCAUCCCGCCAGCCCCGACCAGGCCCUUACCAGCUGACCCCAGACCUGCCAACUCUGCCAAGACCGAGAUCAAAGGAGAGCCAGCCUUGCCCUGUGUCUCCUUGCUCAUCGAGAGGUUUGAAAGCGUCAGGAAGCCGAGCCUCGAGGUUGCGGGCAGAAACCAGUUGAAUUUGACGCUGAGAAUGGAGCCCUCGGCGCAGGGCUCCUCCGAGUGCGUCCCUCCCGAUUCCGAGCCAGAGCCGGAGCCGUCGGAAUCUGCGGAGGUUCCCAGCGGUGAGGAGGAGGCGGGCGCCAGCCAGGCCGAGGUCAGCAUGGACGUGAGCGAGCACUCCAAGUCCAACCUGGUCACCAUGAAGGACCUGCCGGAGAGCGAGCGCAAGGAGAGCCACUGCGUCUCCGUCAGCACGGACGGCGAGACUGGCAACCGGGCCGAGGACGGCGAGUCCAGCCUGGAGCAGAACGGAAAGAUCCCAAACCGGGACAGCGGCAUCGACAGCCCCUCAUGCAGCGGGGACGGAGAGGGCUUCCCCAACGAAGAAGGGGUGGCGGAGGACAAGAAGGGCUCGCGCCCUGGCACCGAGAGCGAGACCGACAUGGAGGCGAAGCCGGAGACCCAACCCAAACGCGACUCGACCCAGGAGGAAGACGACAGCGACAUGGACGACGGCAGCAGCGAGGAGAACGAGCCGCCCGAACUGCCCAAGGCCGAGCAGCCGGAAGCCACCAAGUGCACAGAACCCCAGAAAUUGUUCAACAUCGCCAACGAGCUUCUUCACACAGAGGAAGCCUAUGUGAAGAGGCUUCACCUCCUGGAUCAGGUGUUUUGCACAAAGUUGAACGAAGCUGGCAUUCAGCACGAUGUCAUCACCGGCAUCUUCUCCAACAUCUCGUCCAUCUACCGCUUCCAUGACCAGUUCCUGCUGCCGGAGAUAAAGACGAGGAUCACAGAGGAAUGGGACAAGAACCCUCGGAUCGGCGACAUUCUCCAGAAGCUGGCCCCUUUCCUCAAGAUGUACGGGGAGUACGUGAAGAACUUUGACCGGGCGAUGGACCUGGUCAACUCCUGCACCCAGAGGUCAUCGCAGUUCAAAUCCGUCAUCCAGAGCAUUCAGAAGCAAGACGUUUGCGGCAACUUGACUUUGCAACAUCACAUGUUGGAGCCAGUGCAGAGAAUUCCCCGAUACGAGCUGCUCCUGAAAGAUUACUUGAAGAAAUUGCCUGGAGACUCCUUGGACAGGAAGGACGCAGAGAAGUCGCUGGAGCUCAUUUCAACGGCCGCCAACCAUUCCAACGUAGCAAUUAGAAAGAUGGAAAAGAUGCACAAACUGCUGGAGGUGUACGAGAGGCUAGGGGGAGAGGCGGACAUUGUGAACCCGGCCAACGAACUUAUAAAAGAAGGGCAGAUCCAAAAACUAUCGGCGAAAAAUGGUUCUGCACAAGACCGUUAUCUCUUCGUGUUCAACAACAUGGUUCUGUACUGCGUGCCGAAACUCCGGCUGAUGGGGCAGAAGUUCAGUGUGAGGGAGAGGAUUGACAUAGCAGGCAUGCAGGUGCAAGAAAUUGGCAAGCAGAGCGCGACUCACACCUUCACAAUAACAGGGAAGCAGAGAUCUUUAGAACUUCAGGCCAGGACUGAGGAGGAAAAGAAAGGUUGGAUUCAGGUUAUCCAAGGUACCAUUGAGAAGCACAAACAGAACAGCGAGACGUUCAACAAGGCGUUCAACAGCUCUUUCUCCAGAGACGAGGAGAACCCUCCAGAUUCCCCUGGCCCAGGAGCCACCUGUUCUGGUGAAUCUACAGCAGGAGGAGACUUCUCCAGUCAAUCAUUGAUGGAUUCAGGCAAAAGAGCUUCAAAAGUGAAACGGGACAAGGAGAAGCAAUCGUGCAAGAGCUGCAGUGAGACGUUCAAUUCAAUCACCAAACGUCGCCAUCACUGCAAGCAGUGUAACGCUGUUAUUUGCGGUAAAUGUUCAGAAUUCAAGCCUCUGGCAGACAACAGUCGGCAUAACCGGGUGUGUAAGGAGUGCUUUGGGUUACCACCCCUGGCCCCUCCGACCUCAGGAGCCGAGAACACAACAGACCAGAAGAAAAAAUCCACGAUGGAGAGGCCAGACUCGUUGAUCAGUGACAACAGUGUUUUAUGCAACCACUUAAGUUUUAUGGAAAAGGGGAAAACCUGGAGCAAGGCGUGGGUAGCCAUUCCCAAAAGUGAUCCCUUGGUAUUGUAUUUGCACAUAGGAAGUCAGACCCAGGAGGGAAAGAACGUACGCACCAUCCCUCUGCCAGGCUAUGAGGUUCACCCGGUCAACGCUGGAGACGCAAUGGACAAGAAACAUGCUUUCAAACUCAGUCAAUCCCAGCAAACCUUUUAUUUCGCUGCCGAGGAUGAGGAGCUUCAGAGGAAGUGGAUAGAUGUGGCCUCCAAAGCUGCCAAGGGAGAAGAUUCGAUCGAGAACUGAGUAUAAAACAAAAAACACUGAAUAGCCGCAAUUUUUUGGGGGGGAGCAGACAGG